CGCCCACACACUACAGGAUCUCAUUUGUGUCAAGUUGCUUAUGCUAACAGAGCUAACUGUUAGCUUCUUCGUUAUCAUUAUUAUAGUUCCAUGUUCAUUGUCAUGACAUUUUUAAUAAGACCUGGUCAUGUUCGCCUCGGAAUAACAAUGAUUAUGACCGCUCACCGAAGCUGCAGGGUGGUAUUUUCAAAGAGAAGUUACACCAGUGAGGAGAACAACAGAAUACCCAAAAUUUACACUAAAACUGGAGAUAAAGGGUUCUCCAGCACUUUUACAGGAGAAAGGAGACCAAAGGAAAACCAAAUCUUUGAAGCUUUGGGAAAUACAGAUGAACUUUCAUCAGUUAUAGGUUUGGCCAGAGAAUAUUGUCUUGAAAAAGGUCAUACAUUCACAGACCAGCUUGACAAGAUACAGUGCAUUUUACAAGAUGUGGGCUCUAACAUUGCCACACCUCAAUCAUCAGCGAGAGAAAUUCACAUAAAAAGAACACAGUUUAACAAUUCAUCAACUACAGACUUAGAAAACUGGAUAGAUAAAUUUACAGAAGAACUUCCGCCACUGACAAAUUUUAUUUUACCUUCUGGAGGAAAGAGCAGUGCAGCUCUGCAUUUAGCACGGACCAUAUGUCGAAGAGCAGAACGCAGUGUAGUGCCUAUUGUGCGGUCUGGGGAGGCAGAUCCAGAUGUUGCCAUGUUUUUAAAUCGACUGAGUGACUACCUUUUCACUGUAGCCAGAUAUGCUGCAAUGAAAGAAGGGAAAAGGGAAAACAUUUAUAAGAGGCCUCAAUAACCAAAAGGGAACUGGCACCAGCCCUGACUUUUCUGGGACAGAGUACUGGCCCGUGCCAUUAGAGGCAAAGUGCGCUCCUCAUAUGGUGGGUAGCGCAGAUAGGUGGCACACUCAGAUCGUAGACAGGCAUGAUUUCUUAUGUGAAAAUGUAUCAAAGCUGUAGCGUCCAUGAUGGGAACCUGUUCCACUGGUACCAUUUCAGUGUUUGAGUAAAAACCAUAGCAAUUUAUUUGAAUAAAAAAAGGAUCAAAAGAGUUGUACGCUUACUUACCCACUCCACCAAAUGGAAGAGUCACCAUGAGACUCUGCAGGACACAGUCAUUAAAGCAAAGGCUUCCACUAGAGGCCUCAUUCAUCAUUUGUGAGAUGGCCUGCAGCAGAUACAAAUAUUAACCAAAAUUUGCACCGUUUAUACAUGUGUUAUGUCGUUUUAUUGGUUAUUAUAUGUUUUGAAAUGUGUCCUUUUCAUGAUAGUUAAUACAUUUUUAAUAUUAACUAUCACACAUUACUGUGCUUUUUUAAGUAAUUUAAGCAGAUUAUUUUACUUUGCUGUUGUUGGAGUAAGCAUAAACACACAGCAGUUUCUGUUGCUUGUUUGUAAAGGUUAUUGCUUCAUCUACAUUUUGCACAGUGAGAAGUGGGAGCACUGGGCCAAACACAUCCUGCUGCACGAUUAGAUCCAUGUUCACUACAUCUGUCAAAAUAGUUGGUGCUGCCAAAUGUACAACAAUGAAUAUUAUUAUGUUGUGUUUUAAAUAAGGCAGCACAUAAUAGCCUGCACUAGUUGAACCUUGAAAUGUGGUGUGGGGCCACUAUCGCCCAGGCAAUGCUCUGUGCCGUGGUGACAAUGUCCCAGUGCUAUUCCACAUAACAUAGAUUCUUGCUUGCCAAAACCAUGGAAACAGAUGUGAGUGUGCGGGCUGCGGCUUGAGCUAUUCUGUUCCCAUCUUCACGGGCUCCUAUUAUUUAUUGAUGUGUUUAUCUGUUAAGUUAUUAAUAUAAAAAUAAAAAAAUAAUUAUGAAUGAUG